GCGGCCAUCGGUGGCAAACGUGUGUCUGCCGUACGUCUGAAAUGGUCUGAAAUCGAUAGUUUGUUGAGUGUGAAGUCCGUUCUGUCAGAUUUUGGUGAAGCGGCAGACUUCGGGUCCCGCCCGUGAUAAUCUGUCGCUUUGAAUGUAAAAAGUACACCUUUUAGCCCGCACCUUAGGGGCAUAGCCGACUGAUCAGGGGAAAAAAUAAGUGCACAUGAGAUAAGAUUUAAACGACGAAUAAUCCUUUCGCAUUCGUACCGCUCUGCGCAUCGGCCGAAUAAAAUGAAUACAACCGUCAAACUACCGUUUGGAGCAGCAAUAGUCGGCCCUCGCAAUAAGACCGAUCAUCAGCGCUCGCACCUCGCCUAAUUCACGCUUUCCAUGCCCAGACUUAAAACUGAACAAUGAUAUCAAACGCGACCUCAUUUAAGGUGUAGCUUUUCGAGAAGGCCAUAGGAAUUGUGUCCGAUGCACAGCCGUCUUGCCACAGUAAUUCCUUGUCAAAGUUACAUCAAGCACCGGAAAAACGCUACGAUGUCAGGAGUAUUCGGAUGUCCCAGGGAGGCCGUUCGAGUCAAAGUCAAGAAAUGCGAGGCAAGACAUCAGCCGGAGUACAGAAAAUUCAGCGUAGAUCCGCAAAUAACAUCGAUCGAAGUGCUGCAAAGCAUUUUAAUAAAGGCUUUCGACAUAAAAGGCGAGUUCACCGUGUCCUACCGAGCUAUAGAUGAUUAUGGCUCAGAAACUUAUCUAUUUUUAUUAUCCGACUGGGAUUUAGACGCUGCGUUUAUAAGUGCAUCCGAACCUUAUCUAUAUCUUCAAGUUAAUCUAAAACCAUUCGGGGAAACCGGAGACUGCGAAUGUGAUUGGGAACAAAAUGCUCAAGAAGUUACUGCCAGACAUGACACAGGAUUUCCUUAUCGAACACCCAAGUUGCCUGGUCUCAUCAUGAACAAGAUGGAGAGAACAUUGAACAUGGUACAAAGGGCUCUCGGAAAUUUGGGAGACGAUUCUCAUCAGACAAUCCAGCCGUCCCGACCCCCUCUGACCGAUGCUGAGUUUCGACGCUUUCUAGAUCCCAUAGGACAAGUGACCAGAUCGAAAGAGUUGCGGGCAGUGAUAUAUUUCGGAGGCAUAGAGCCGAGCCUGAGAAAAGUAGUUUGGAAACACAUACUGAAUGUGUAUCCUGAAGGAAUGUCUGGGCGAGAGCGGAUGGACUAUAUGAAAAGAAAGGCCCAGGAAUAUCAGAACUUGAGAGAACGGUGGAGGGGUUUGGUACAAAAGGGUCUGAACGUUGGAGAUUUAGGGUACGUCACGGGGAUGGUCAGGAAGGACGUUCUACGGACCGACAGACAUCACAAGUUCUAUGGUGGGUCCGACGAUAACCAGAAUACCGCGAGCUUGUUCAAUAUCUUAACAACUUACGCACUAAAUCAUCCCACUGUGAGCUACUGCCAAGGAAUGAGCGAUCUAGCUUCACCUUUACUUGUUACUAUGAGGGACGAGGCACAGGCUUACAUAUGCCUCUGCGCUUUGAUGCGGAGAUUGAAGGACAACUUUAUGCUUGAUGGAAUAGCUAUGACAACGAAAUUCGCGCAUUUGGCCGAAGGCCUACAACACUAUGACCCAGACUUUUACGCCUAUUUGAAGUUGCACCAGGCAGACGACUUGCUCUUUUGUUAUCGCUGGUUGCUACUGGAAAUGAAACGAGAAUUCGCUUUAGAAGAUGCCCUGAGAAUGCUGGAAGUUCUCUGGGCUGCUUUACCAGCUUCACCUCCAAACGGCGAACUUUCUCUAGCCGAAGUAUCGUUCCCGCCAGCAUCUCCGCCGCCGAGUCCAAAUGUCAAACAAAUAAGGGAGAAUGCCUACACCAAAGUCUGCGCUAUUAGGCGACAAAGCUCAUCAGCUAGUAUAGCUAGUGGAAAAAGAAGAAAUUUGAGUGCGGAUGAUCCUUCGUUAGAAACGACCAGUGAAAAUGGCGAAUCGAAGAGAUCCGUAUCGCCUUACGAAGCGUUUUCAGAGCCAGAAAACGAUUUGACAUCUGUUAAAAACCGAAAGAAUGUAUCCAGCGAGAAGUAUAUGAGUAUGGACUGCUUGCCAAAUAAAACUAGGCGAAAUAAUUUGUUUGAGUUAAGAGAGAGACUGUCCUUAGUGAACAAAGAAAAGAAUGAUCAAGGUGAAGCUGAGAAAAAAUGCGCAAGAGUUGUGAAAAAUCUCAACGAAUUUUUAAACUUCACAACUUUAAACAAGAGUAAGGUUACUCCCAGUGACGAGAGAGAGUUACGGAGAGUAUCAAGUGAAAGUGGAGUCGUCAAGGUCGUAAGAGAUGAAACGAGCUCGCCUGAUGAUUCGACAGAUUUUUUUCCAAUGACCACUUCCAUGACCAGAGAAUUGAGACUGGAAUUAGAAUCCCUAGAUCGGCAAGUCUUUGGUCCCUCACCUCCAAGUGAACAGCAAUGCGACUGUGUUGUUUCCAAGAGGGAAAGUGAAAUAGUUGAAAGCGAAACUGAAACUGAAGUAGCCAGGUGUAGUCCGGCCACUGACGUAUUUGUCUGGGAAAACCCCCUGCACACUUUACAACAACGGCAUCAUCCGACCACUCCGGAUGAGCAGGCGGAUCUUGAAUACGACGGAGAAAUUCUUGAAGACCAAAAUGGCGUGAAAUCAGUCACACCAAUUAGGCUUUUGAAACGUACUACAAGAUCAGAGUCUGCUUCAGACAGUGAAGGUACAGAUAGCUGGAGACAAAAUGACAAUACAACAGCAUUAGAAGUUGCACCACAGCCAAUUCAAGAGCCCUGCGAAGAGGCAACAGAGCUAACAAACUUAAUACCUGCAGGAACAAGUGAGGACCAAAUGGGCAACAGCCCUCUUCCACCGCCCAACGAAUUUGGAGGUGGAAAUCCAUUCCUCAUGUUCCUGUGCAUAACUUUGCUACUCCAGCACCGUGACUUUGUGAUGCGUAAUCAAAUGGAUUACAAUGAAAUGGCUAUGCAUUUUGACAAGAUGGUGAGACGGCAUAACGUUGCAAGGGUACUGAAUCAAGCAAGGCAAUUGUUCGCCGGUUAUUUGAGGAGACAUUCCGCAGCCGGUCGACAAGACUACGUCAACGUUUAAACGCAAAACUAAUUGAACUUUCAAACUUGCUAUCAACACCAGAAUCAUUACUUGUUGAAUGUUCCUACGCACGUACUUAAUUUCCUUUGUAUUUAUUUAUUUUUUUUACAUUGCGAAUAAUGUAAUUAUUCCACGAAUCAUCAAUUCAAGUUUUUGCUGCCCGAUUUAAGUCGAAAACUUUCAAUCUAUGUAUAAAGCAAAUCCCAUCAAUUCAGAUUUAAUCAUGUAUUUAUCGUAUUUUGAAAAACUUAUGUAUUCAUGCCAAUUACAUAAUCAAUGUAAGUAAUUUUAAUUAUUUAAAAAUACAUAUUACUGCUAGCUUGUCGCUAGGGAUAAAAUUUUACAUUAAGUUUGUAAAAUAUUGAGAAAUAGAGAUGUUCUCACUUUAUCUUGGAAAAAAAAAAAAGAAAAAUGUGCUUACCAACAGACAAUAAAGUGCAUUUAGUUUUAUUCGAGAAUACCUUACGAUAUCCAAUGUCUAUAAUGUAUAUACUUUUUGAACUUAAUUUUCUGUGCUAUAAAAUAAAGAAAUUUAAAAAAAAACGGGUUUUUGUCAGUUUAUGGCCGCAAGUUAUAAAACAAGUCAAUGUUAUUGGCAAUAAAUCAGUCCGUAUAUUUUUCAAGUUAUAUAGAACAACUUCAAAUUUUAUGAUUUAUUUUACAUUAUACUAUUAUUACAGCUAGCAUAAAUAAUAUGUUCUCAACUGAUGAUUCUUCCAGAUGUACAUGUUAAUAAACUACGCUCAUCUCAUCAUUCCAACUUUCGUUGCAAACCAUACAAAAGAAUUCAAUAUAUCACGUGUAGAUUUCUCCCGCACAACCUUCCAUAAUUUAUUUCUUCCUGUUACCUCCGCCAGCCAAGAUUGAUAAAA